GUCACAUUGAAGAACACGUACUUUCAUUAUUCUGAGAGAGCGCAUCGGUUACAAAUUUGGGUACGCUUGGAUAACACUAUGAACCCGCGCCCCAAGUGACAGAGCAGGUAGCCAAGUGACCCUGGAUAACCGUGGGUUAUGUUCGUUUGUGUACACUGCGACGGGAAGAAGCAACAGGAGCGGAUUCCUUGCAGAAGAGUUUGCCCGGUGGCAAAAAAACCGCCCCUGGAAUCACAAGUAUGAUCGAGGUGCUGUGCCUGCUUCUAAGCAGGAUUUUGCUACUCCUCAUUGGCGGCUACGAGCUGAUUUGGCGGUUUCGAGAGCAUCUAAAUGCACUGGUGGUCAGGUGGUCAUAUGACCUUUGGCGCAGCGGAACGGCACGUGAGCAUCAUGAACGUCGUGUGCUCGCGGAAUGCCGUUCUCAGUUGACUAAGACGCCUCAGCAUCUGGUCCUGGUCAUCUCACCGAUGGACACCAACGUUGAUUCAGUGCUCCUAAGGAAGAUCUUUGAUUUUGCCUUGGACAUGGGUAUAAAACAUGUCAGUUUGUAUGACAGACGAACAAAAGGCAAGGGCUACGUGGAGCUAACCGCACUUUGUCGGUCAUCCAACGAGGAUCAAGGCAGCUGCUUAAAGUGGCCGCCCAGUCCAAUUCCUUGCAAAGCAGAGAAUCAGCCCAAAAACGGUCAAAAGACAAAUGGUUAUGUGAACGGUGCCAACGGCUCAUAUUCCCCUCAACUGCAGCUAUAUCAAAUCAGCGCCUCCGAUGGCCAUGCCCUAAUCGCCGACGUCUGUCGGGAGUUGUACGAGGGCAGAGAGACGCCGAUGGUGCAAAAUCUACUUAAGCAAAAGCGCGAAGCGCUAACAGAGCAGAUUACAGGCAUGCUGAACAAGCGACUUGGCUUUGAUGCCCCGGAUCCAGAUUUGGGCAUUGUGUUUGCCCGACAGACAUGCACCUACGGUCUGUUACCCUGGCAUGUGAGGUUCACGGAGUUUCACACGCAUCCCAGCGGACGCCAUUUCGACGUGGAAACGUUCGCCAAUAUCCUGAGCAAGUACUCUCGGUGCGAACAACGAUGGGGCACGUAGACACCCUGUUCUGAGUGGGAAACGAUACCCUUAUAUUAACUAGUUACCUUAACUAUAUGUAAAUUAUCGCCAGAAAUUCCUUUUAGUUUGUAAGAAUAAACCACAAAAGUGUAUUGUUCAUAA